GGUGAGAAUUCCACGUUGUGGCCGUGGAGACCUGGGCUCGAAUCCCAGCAGCCACAUUUGCUUAUUUUCUUUAUUUAUUUUUAGAGAAGAGAGGGUCCUAAGUUCUGAGGGAUCGACUGACGGAGACGAGAAAUAAGAAAGGAAAAAAUCUUUCUUUUCCAUAUCAACAAAAUUGACCUUAAACCUUCUCUAAAAUUUCCAAAUUCAGCACUCUCUUCUUAUUAAUAAAUCAACAACUCUCUUUACCAUCCUUACCUACACUCUCAAUCAAAAACUUAACUUUUUACAUACAUCAUCAUGUCCUUUGCAAUUUCUUCUCCAAUUCAAUACCUUCUCAACGGUACUGGUUUCGGCAAUGGAGUACUGGAGAUACAAUUAAGUUACGUGGAACGAGUAAUCUCUGUUUCUUCAGUCUCCCAACGAAUCCUGUACGAAACUCAACCCAUUCCCUUCAACAAUGCACACUUCUAUCUCUCGGUGCACCACCUUCAAGAUCCGUUGUUCUACAUUCGGCAAUUUCUCUUCUCACUCAACAUUCGCCGGGAAAACAUAGCUCGGCAAAUCGCUUCCUACGUCGCCCACAUGUGCAACGGAAACACGGGGAGGAAUUCGAAUUUCUAUGUCAUCGCUAGAGUGGAUUUGGUGAGAGCCAUCCGAAUUGAAGAAGAGUCGAUGUGGAGAGAUGGGGGUGGAGUGGUGGUGGAGGCCGAGACGGUGGUGUUCGAUGAGGUUCCGCGGGCGAGGAGAGGAGUGGUGGUGGGGGAGAGGUUGAGGAAGUUGAAAUCGGAGGAAGAAGAGGGAGAUUGCAGUGUGUGUUUGGAUGAAUUGGAUUGUGGAAAGAGGGAGGUGAUAAGAAUUCCUUGCGGCCAUGUUUAUCAUGAAUCAUGCAUCUUCGAGUGGCUUAACAACAACAAUUCUUGCCCUCUGUGUAGAACCUCAUUCCCACUAGACAACCCAAAUACUUACUAAUGCUUAAUAUCAUGCAUAAUUGCACCCUAAC